UGAGGCAGCACGUCCAAUCCAUUCCGAAGCAUUGCAACCGCCUGCUUUCGCUGCGGGGUGCCUAUCCUCUGCUUGUGCCUCUGGAAACUCUCGAGUCACCUCUGCGCACUUCCAUCCGCUUCCUGGAUCGCCGUGCAACCUCGUCCCACCUUGCUCCUGACCGCCCGCAUCUGGCAGCGGAGCAUCCAACAUGGCCGACUACGAGGCGCUCAAGGAGCAGUGGAGUGAAAUUGAGGACCGCGAUGGAGUUCGUCUCAGCUGGAACACCUUCCCCAGCUCACGCAUGGAAGCCUCGCGCCUCGUCGUCCCUAUCGGUGCGCUCUACACGCCUUUGAAGGAGAAGACCGAUACGCCUCUGCUGCAGUAUGAGCCUGUCUCUUGCAAGCCACCAUGUCGCGCGGUGCUCAAUCCCUUCUGCCAGGUCGAUAUGCGAGCUCGAUUGUGGAUAUGCCCGUUCUGUCUUCAGCGAAACCAGCUUCCUCCGCACUAUAAAGACAUCUCCCAAGAACAGAUCCCGCCAGAGUUGCACCCAAACAGCACGACGAUUGAAUAUCGGCUCGCGAGGCCAGCGCCGUCACCGCCCAUCUUCUUGUUUGUAGUGGAUACUUGCCAGGAGGAGGACAGCCUGAAGGCCUUGAAGGACUCCAUUAUCAUGAGCUUGAGCUUGCUUCCGCCCUAUGCCCUUGUUGGCUUGAUCACCUUCGGUACGAUGGCACAAGUCCACGAGCUUGGAUAUACCGAAUGCGCGAAGUCUUACGUCUUCCGGGGAAGUAAGGACUACACCUCCAAACAGGUUCAGGAAAUGCUCGGUUUGGGCACCAUGGGACCCCGACCUGGUGCGGUUCCUCAGCAGCCCGGACGACCACCUGUUAUUCCUGCUGGUGCUGGUGCACGUUUCCUCCUUCCGGUUUCGCAAUGUGAAUUCCAGUUGACCAACGUCCUCGAGCAACUACAGAAGGAUCCCUGGCCGGUGGCCAACGACAAGCGUGCCCUGAGGUGUACCGGCGUGACCCUUAGCGUUGCUGUUGGUCUGUUGGAGACACAGUAUGUGAACAUGGGUGGCAGAAUCAUGCUUUUUGCUGGUGGUCCAGCCACCGAGGGCCCGGGCAUGGUAGUUGGCCCGGAGCUCAGAGAACCGAUGCGUUCGCACCACGAUAUUGACAGGGACAACAUCAAGUAUUACAAGAAGGCUCUCAAGUUCUACGACAACCUGGCUAAGCGCGUUUCGCAUAAUGGUCAUAUCGUGGAUAUCUUUGCUGGCUGCUUGGAUCAGGUCGGUCUUCUUGAGAUGAAGGGGCUUGCCAAUUCCACCGGUGGCCACAUGAUUUUGACGGACAGUUUUACGUCAUCCAUGUACAAGCAAUCCUUUGCACGCGUCUUUAACAAAGACGACGAUGAUAACCUCCUCAUGGGUUUCAAUGCAUCUCUGGAGGUGCUUACGACAAAGGAGCUCAAGGUCACCGGCUUGAUAGGACACGCUGUCUCCAUGAACAAGAAGUCGUCAUCUGUCGGUGAGACAGAAUGCGGCAUCGGCAAUACCUGCUCAUGGAAGAUGUGCGGCAUCGACCCGGAGGCGAGUUAUGCCAUCUACUUUGAAAUUGCUGGACAAGGCGGGGGGCCAACGAAUCUCCAGCCCGGUCAGAAUAAGGGCAUGAUGCAGUUCCUGACCUACUACCAGCACUCUGCAGGUCAAUACCACCUGAGGGUAACUACGGUUGCACGCAACUUGAGCGGGCCUUCUGGCGAUCCUGCGAUUGCGCAGUCCUUCGACCAGGAGGCGGCAGCUGUGCUCAUGUCACGUAUUGCGGUCUUCAAGGCCGAAGUAGAUGAUGGCCCAGACGUCCUGCGUUGGGUCGACCGUAUGCUCAUCAGACUUUGCUCGAGGUUUGCAGAGUAUAGGAAAGACGACCCCUCUUCCUUCCGGCUCGAGAAGAACUUCUCCCUAUAUCCGCAGUUCAUGUUCCACCUCCGUCGUUCGCAAUUCUUGCAGGUUUUCAAUAAUUCUCCUGAUGAGACCGCCUUUUAUCGACAUGUCUUGUUCCAUGAAGAUGUUAGCAAUUCCCUCAUCAUGAUUCAGCCUACCUUGGACAGCUAUGGCUUCGAUCAUGAGGGCGGGGAGCCAGUCCUGCUUGAUUCAACGUCCAUCCAAGCCGAAACCAUUCUUCUUCUCGAUACGUUCUUCCACAUUCUCAUUUUCCACGGCGAGACGAUGGCCGAAUGGCGAAAGGCAGGAUAUCAGGAUCAGGAAGGAUACGAGAACUUCAAGGCUCUUCUCGAAGCUCCGAAAGAAGACGCUAGAGAUCUUAUUCAGGACCGAUUCCCACUUCCGCGAUUCAUUGUCUGCGAUGCUGGCGGUUCGCAAGCCCGCUUCUUGCUGUCCAAACUCAACCCCUCGACAACACACACCUCGAGCUCCUACGGCGGCGUCUCUCAAACUGCUCAGACCAUUUUCACGGAUGAUGUCAGUUUACAGACGUUUAUGGAACAUUUGAUGAAGCUUGCGGUUUCGGGUACGAAUUAGAAGCAUGCGCGACGGUGGUUGGGAAGCGAGCUCAUUAUUGAGUAAUUGAAAGUCAUUCUUCCAGGUUCUUCUCACCAUCCAAUGGAGAGGCUAAAUUCUUUCAUGUGUGACCUCCUAUAAUGUCUUUGGUUACAGUUUGCUUCCGUCCUUCUGCUGUGCUCCGCU